AUGUCUUCCAAAAUUGAAGAGGAGAUCUUUCAAUGCAUUGAGAGGUCGAAUUUUAAACAAUGCAACGAGAAGAUUGCUCUUUUGAAGAGGCAAUUCCCCAAAUCGGCAUACAUAUCUACAUUAGAAAUAUAUGCCAAGUUCAAACAAUCUCCAACCAAAUUUGACUAUGAGAAAGAUCUAGGAAACCUAUAUGGAGUUAAUGGCUCUCUUAUUACCAGUGACCUACGGGCAUUAGAUUUGUUACACAAAUUAUUCAUCGAAUUGGAGAGGUAUGAGGAAGCGCUACAUGUCUAUGAAGCUGCCAACUUCAAAUAUACCAGUUAUGAACUGGUAAGCCAAUGGUUUGAAAAAGCCCUUGAGGAUUUCCACUUUAAUCACAUGGCAAGAUCCAGUCUUCAGAUGGUAAAGUUUAAAGAAGUGAAUCCAUUACCAUCUCGAAAUUAUUACUUCUGGAAUGCACUAUGUGUAAUUGCUCUUUUUAAAUUCCAAAAUGAUAAGGUUACUGAACAAGAAUCUAAAAUUUUGCCUCAAUUGGCUUACAAAAAUUUAUGCAACGUUAAACCAUUCCAAUCAAAUCAAGAGUUAAUUGUAUUUGGCCUAUUAAUAGAGGAACUCUUUCCAAAUGAUGAGGAGAAGAUUAACGAACUGAUUAACCUAAUUGUUCCCCAAUUAUCUAAAUCUGUUGAUUUGUAUUUGAAAAAUUUUAUACUGAACUUUUUGAACGAUAGAAAUCCAGAACUUUUGUUUGAAUGUUGUAAGAUUAUUCUAAAGCACAUAGAUGACUUUGAAGCUAUUAAAUCAUUAUUACAUGCAGCCAAAGAAACAGCUAAAACUAAGGAGGAGGCACUUUCUUUAAUUGAUGAGCUUGUUGGGGACUCAAGAAAUUCAAGAUUGGCUAGAAUAGAAUGUGAUCUUAUGUUUACUAGAGAAGUUUCCAAAAAAAUCACUUUUAUUUUAUUUGGAAAAAACCAUAAUAAACCAUGUUGUGCAGUAGACAUGUUACAUUAUCAGGAACAAAUAAACCAAGAUGUUUUGAAAGAUGUAAUGCAGAAUAUUACUGAGAGAGAUGUCAUUCAUGAUUCCAACGUUUUCAAAUUAAAACUCGAAGAUGUAGAUCCAAUUGACUUUUACCAGAGACAUAAGGAUUCGUUAUCAGAAAAGUCAAAGACUGACUACUCACAAUCCUCCAUUUUUAUAUUAGCAUUAGUAAAAAGAGUCUUAUUGAAGAAUGAACCCACUUUGGAUGAUAUAAUACUAUCUCUUUCGUUGUUAGAAAACUAUCAAAUGCAAGACCCUCAUAACUAUGAUACCAAAACAUGGAUCAUCGCAAUCUACAUGCACCUUGGCCUUGUUCCUCUAGCAUAUUCUCAUUACUUGGACCUCAAGGUGAAAAAUAUCCAAAAUGAUUCAAUGAACUACCUUAUUUAUACCAGAUUUUCUUCAUUGUUCCCCUCAAAGCAAGAUGAUUUCUUAAAUAAGACAUUCAAAGAAGACUGCGCCCUUUAUGACGUUUCAUUAGAAAGAGUUCCUCAAUUUCUGAAAAUAUCAUUUGAAAGAAAGGCAUACUGCAAAAUUUUGGGUAUGUUUGAAUUUAGAAGCAAAUUGGAAAGAUCGAGUUCAAAAUGGAUGAAGACUUGUGAAGUCUUGCAAAUGUCACGACUCUGUAAUGAUAAGCGCGCAUCCUUGUUACAGAAAUUACAUCAAGAUUGGGGAAAAUUAGCACUUAUGGGAUCCACAGGUUGGAGUGAUAAUAGAGACUGGACUAUUUUUGGAAAUGACAUUAAGAAUGAAAAUCUACCCGAUAUUUUAGAUUAUUUGAAAGUCAACGAUGAAUGGAUUUCGCUAAAUUGCGUCAAAGAAUUCAUGAUUGAGUGUAUCCCUACCGGAAAGAAAAGUAGCAUGGUAGAUGAAUACUUAAAAAAUCUAUCCAAAGAUUUAUCUUUAGAGAACGUUCUUGCCAACUCUCUAACGAAGGCCGAAGUUUGGUCGUUUAAGGUCAUAUAUGAUAUAUAUGAGAAUGACGGUAAAAACUUACUUUCUUUUCUCCAAGACACAUCAAUUCCAGCAGACUCUAAAAGUGGUUGGAAGCUCACACAUACGUACUUAAUGAAGCUUUCCACUUUGAAAACUUUAGACGGCUUCAAGAGAAUUAAAGACAAGGAAACCAAGAAACUGAUUAAAGAGGCCAUUAAAAACUUGAGGGAAUCAUGUGAUUCUUUGUAUCAGGCAUAUUCAUUGAAGCUAACAGCAGCUUGUGAUGCUUUAAAUAACUCGGGAAACUCCGAACUAUUGAAACCUCUUGGCUUCAUGCCAUUGGGGGUUACUGGACUUCAAAAUUCCCUAUUAACGGUGCAAAAGAACGUUAGGAAUUUAUGA